AUCAGUACCCCUUCCUCCAUGAACUGGAAGGCCGCUGUUCUUCCUCCCGGCACUCAGCUGUCUUCCCCCCAACAAUAAUUCCUUACAUCCCACGCACCCAACUCUUGGCAGUUUACCAAGACCUUUUGCAUCCCCAUUACCUCAUGUGAUCCCCACAACACCCAUGAGAGGAAGAUGAAUCGUCCGAUCCAAGUGAAGCCGGCUGCCAGUGAGGGCCGAGGAGAGGACCGGAAGCUGUUUGUGGGGAUGCUGGGCAAGCAGCAGGGUGAAGAGGACGUCAGACGCCUGUUCCAGCCCUUYGGUCAUAUUGAGGAGUGCACAGUUCUGCGGAGCCCUGACGGGACCAGUAAAGGCUGUGCCUUUGUCAAGUUCGGGAGUCAAGGGGAAGCUCAGGCGGCCAUCCAGGGUCUGCACGGCAGCCGGACUAUGGCGGGCGCCUCGUCCAGCCUCGUGGUCAAGCUGGCAGAUACAGACCGCGAGCGAGCRCUGCGGCGAAUGCAGCAGAUGGCUGGCCAGCUGGGUGCCUUCCAUCCCACACCACUGCCACUUGGGGCCUGUGGCGCCUACACCACAGCGAUCCUGCAGCACCAGGCAGCCCUGCUGGCAGCUGCACAGGGCCCGGGCCUAGGCCCUGUAGCCGCAGUGGCAGCCCAAAUGCAGCAUGUGGCGGCUUUCAGCCUGGUGGCUGCGCCACUGUUGCCUGCAACAGCCAACUCCCAGCCUGGCAGUGGUCCUGGCACUCUCGCGGGUCUUCCAGCGACCAUUGGGGUCAAUGGAUUUGGCCCAUUGACUCCCCAGACCAACGGGCAGCCAGGCUCUGACACGCUCUACAAUAAUGGGCUCUCUCCUUAUCCAGCAGCCUAUCCGACGGCCUAUGCCCCAGUGAGCACAGCUUUUCCCCAGCAGCCUUCAGCCCUACCCCAGCAGCAAAGAGAAGGCCCAGAAGGCUGUAAUCUCUUCAUCUAUCACCUGCCUCAGGAGUUUGGUGAUGCAGAACUCAUACAGACAUUCCUGCCCUUUGGGGCCGUUGUCUCUGCCAAAGUCUUUGUGGAUCGAGCCACCAACCAGAGCAAAUGUUUUGGGUUUGUUAGUUUUGACAAUCCAACCAGUGCCCAGACUGCUAUUCAGGCCAUGAACGGCUUUCAAAUUGGCAUGAAGAGGCUCAAGGUCCAGCUAAAGAGGCCUAAGGAUGCCAACCGGCCUUACUGAUCUGCUCUCACUGACUAGCCACAGAAAGAAACUGACGAGUGAGAAGAAAGGGAAGAAAAAGCACAGAAACCCUGGAGCAGCCCUUCCGGAAGGAGCAGCUGCAGAUGGAAGUGGAUCAGACCUGAGGCUGGYGCCUGGGGCUCACGCCACUCAAGGAUUGUUCUUAUCAAGUGGGUUGUUCUGCACCUGUGGCAGAGAGCUCAGGUUGUCAGGGCAACCAGGACUGGUUGAGAACUGACUGGGGAACCAGCAGAGGGCCUUGGGGGUGCCAAGGGCUUCUCUCUACAAGGGAAGCCCAGAUUUACUUCUUUCAAAAUCAUAUCAUUCCUUAGAGUUUAGGGACCAAAGGACUAUUGCUUUUUUUAAGAAUAUAUAUAUAUAUAUAUAUCUAUAUCUAUAUAAAUUAAAACAAACAAGAAAAAACACAAGAGAAAUAAAAAAAGACAGUAUAGAGUCUCAUAAAAGCUGCCUUUAAAUAUCCCUAGGAGACAGGGUGAAGGAGACCUUUGAUAGCACCAGCCUAGGCAAUGGGAGGCCAUGGAAAGAUUGUCUUGUGUCUCAUCCCCUCUUAAACCACUCCCCCACCCUUCCCUUUUCAAGAUAAUUAAGGACCCAAGAGGUCCAGGCUCAUAAAAAGAAGGUUAUGGAAGCAGUGAACCCAUAAUCUCCAAUCUCCAGCCUCAGAGGUCAWCCCUGAAGAGGCCCCAAGAGGGGUUCAGGCCUGCCUUGGUUCUGUCAUCCUACAAGGACUCCUGGGCAGCAGAAGUGAUAACCUCCCUUUCCUUCUCAAUGGAUUCUCUCAUGGAACCACUGCUUCCCCAAGAAGGAAGAAAGAGGGAGUUUUGGCCACAUGAGCUUUUUUCAUCCCAGUCAGUCCAAAUAGACAGAGGCCUUGCCUUUGGCUGAACUGAGACACCUCCUAUUUCUYCUCCCCUUGAGCCAGCCCCAGUGUCCCCUUGCUCCAGGCCACCUUCUGUCUCUUAAAUUUCCCUACCUAUAAAGUAGAUUCAAAAUAUACAUAGAGGGCUGUGACAACAGACUUGGAAGGUUUGCUACUGUAUAUACUGCCAUUGAGAAGGGGAUAAUUUUCAAUAUGUAGAAGCUUCAGAAUUAGGGGUCCCUGUUUACCCAGGACCCGGGAGGGAAAUAGAUGUUUUGCCAAAAUACUUCUUCAUUCCUUUAAAAAGUACAUCUUUCCUAUGCAAGAGUGUCUCAUAUGUGCUUAUCCAAGGUGCUUUUAGAUGGUGAGCAGUGUUCAGCUUAGAAGUGGUGUGUGCUCUGUCUGUCCGUCUUUGUCCGUCUGUUGUAUCCAGUGGGUGCCAUAUAAAGCUGAUCAAUGGUGGUGCUUCCUGCCUGCUUCUGUGAGAUGGGCAAAAGAUUCCGCUUAGAAAACCGUGAUUCACCUUGCCUUGAUCAGUCUUUCCUGUGCCCACAGGCCCUGCUCAUAUUUUUCCAGGGGGAUAAUUUUCUCUCCACCCCUUAGAAAUGAAUUAGCCUAGUCUGAGGCCCCAGCUGUGUGUGGGAGCUCUCUAGUUCCCAGAUGUUGCUGAUGUUGGAGGUCUCUGAUCUGAUAACAGUCAGACAGUAAAGAAUGUGGGGUGGGGUCAGAGGAUUCUUCCUUCAUAUGGUUUCUAAGAAAACUUGUUCCCACCUGUU